AUGGGUGUCCAAAAGAAAACCCGCAAGUUUGCCCAGGUCAAACGGGCGAUCAAAAAGCACGAUGACCGCGCCAAGAAAGACAACAACGCCCCGAAACAAGACAAGGCCAAAGCCGACGAGGUAGUCCGGGCGAUUCCCCAAGCUCCGUCCAACAUGUUCUUCGCCGCCAACACGGCCCUCGGACCUCCCUACCAUGUGUUGGUGGAUACCAAUUUUGUCUCCCACUCUAUUCGCGCGAAGACGGAUAUGUUGAAGUCUAUGAUGGAUCUGUUAUAUGCCAAGUGUAUCCCGACGUUUACGGAUUGUACUAUUGCGGAAUUGGAGAAACUGGGCGAUAAGUUCCGGUUGGCGCUGAGGGUGGCUAAGGAUCCGAGAUGGGCGCGCGUGCGGUGUGACCAUCCCGGAACUUAUGCUGAUGACUGUUUGGUUGAUCGGAUCCAAAAACACAGAAUCUACAUCGUGGCGACAAACGAUAAGGACCUGGUUCGCCGAAUUCGCAAGAUUCCCGGUGUGCCGAUUAUGAAGGUCGCCAGAGCGAAAUACGUGAUUGAGAGGCUGCCUGACCACUUUGACGCCGGAGUAAUCGGCCUCACAACCGCCCUCCGCAUCCAAGAAACCCUGAACCGUAACCAAUCCAUCCAACUCAUAGCCCGCGACUUCCCCAACACCACAUCCCUAAACUACGCCUCUCCCUGGGCCGGCGCGCACUACCGCCCCGUCCCCGGUUCAACACCCCAAGCCCUCCGCGAAGAAACCCAAGCCAAACAAACCUACACUUACCUCAAAGACCUAGCAACACGCGACCCUUCCUCAGGCAUAGCCAUCGUCGAAGGAAUCGAGCACCUCGAGAAUCCACCGGCCGAAUAUCUCGACGAAAAGAGCAUCCAAGAAUGUUACGGCCAUCUGGACGGGUUCAGGAUUCUAGGGAAGGAGGAAUAUCCUAAGGAUGUGAAAUGGGGAGCUCGAUAUGAGACUGUCGUGAUUAAUUCGCCGGUGUAUUGUGCGUAUCUUCUAAGAAAGUUUGUGUUGGGUGGUGGAGUUACGAGGGAAUAUACGGUGAUUGAUCCCCUGGAGGCGUUUUCUUUGGCUCCGAAUGUGAGGACGGUGGUUAAUUGUUCGGGGUUGGGGUUUGGGGAUGGGAGGUCGUUUAUUAUUCGCGGGCAAACGUGUCUCGUCCGGAACCCUUGCAGUCAGACGGUGACGAGGCAGAAUGCCGAUGGGUCUUGGUCGUUUUGUAUCCCGCGGCCGUUGUCUGGGGGCACCAUUAUUGGGGGCACGAAGCAACCGCGCGAUUAUGAUCCCACUCCGUCGGCGGAAACGAGAGAGAAGUUACUUGCCAAUGCGGCCAAGUGGUUCCCGUUUGCGACGGGGAGUGAGGGCAAGUUUGAUGUCAUUCGGGAUAUUGUGGGUAGGAGACCGGCUCGAGAAGGUGGAAUGAGAGUGGAGGCGGAGAAAGUUGGGGAUGGUCGGUGUGUGGUCCAUGCUUAUGGGGCGGGAGGGAGAGGCUUCGAGUUAUCAUACGGCGUGGCGGGGGAUGUGGUGAAGUUGAUGGUGGGCAAUAAGUUGGUUGGUGAGAGGGCUUCGUUGUAG